UGCAAUAAUUCUAUGGAUAUUCUUGCUUAUCUCAUCCCGUGUACCGAAAAAUUUAUUGGGGAUAACUAGGGUAUCAUUAGUUACUAAUUUGAAUUUGUUGAAAGGUUGAAAGUCUGUUGUUGUACAUGUAUGCAAAGUGUUUGUUGAAAUGCCUAAAUGAGUUUUAGAACAGGAAAACAUUUUUUUUGUUAUUAGUUUCUUUGCUUCAUAAUGAACAAGGUAUUCGUAGAUCGGGUUAGUUACCAAUUUUCUUCUUCUUUGUAUUUGGAUUUACUGCAUUUGAGCCGAAGGUUUUUCUGAAACAGUCUCUAUCCCUCCACGAGGUACUGAUAAUGUUUACGUACACUCUACUUCUCCCCUCCCUAGGGGAAUGUUGUUGUUAAUUACAAAUUUUGGGAAGUUGAACUGGUUAUUUCUUGAUGUAGUUUGUGAAUUGUAAUACCCUCUUUAUUGGAUACCGCAUACUCUUGGAAAAUGUUGCUUCUAAAGCUUGGAUGCUAGUGUUUAUUUGUGUUUUGAAUUGUCGUUGAUCAUUCACAGAUCUUGUUGGCUUAUUGCUUUUCAGUGCCAGGUCGAGUCAGCUACAUUAGCGAAAAUGUGUAGACAAAACCAGCCAACUUUCGCUACAAGAACUUGUACGACACUUUUGCAGUUAGGAUAUACAGUGCCAGGCCGAGUUAGCAACAUUUGCAAGGAUGUGUAGACAAAUCAGCCAACUUUCAUCACAAGAACUUGUACUACACUUGCAGUUAGGAUAUACUGGUAUGAUUAAUCAGUAUCAGCCAAAACGAAGAUAAUUAAGGAUCAGAAAUUGGUUAACAGCUACGUCAUAUGAGAUUCCAAACUGGUUUGAAAGGACGGAUCAUGUAUUGGGAAGUCAUUGGACUUGUAUGGAAAGAAUGAUAUGUCAUUUUUAACAUUCUAGAUGAUUCUAAAAGCAGUUAGCGAAACUCAUUCUCCCCUGACGCCCUUAAUGCAAAAGUGCAGAACUCUCAACCAUCUAAAAGAGCUCCAUUGCCAACUCCUCAAACUUCACCUCCCAGAAACUCCGUCAGCCAUUGCUCCACUUCUUUCAUUUGCCGUCAAUUCUAGGAUUCCUUCUUUCUUCAACUAUUCGCGUAUUGUGUUUCAAAAUCUUGGCUACCAAAGUACCUUUUUGUACAAUACCAUGAUCAGAGGAUACAUGCAAUCAGAUAUGCCGAUACCAGCAAUUGUAUGCUACAAAGACAUGCUGAGAGAUAAACUUAUUGUGAAUAAUUAUACCAUUCCACCAUUGAUAAAGGCUUGUUCAAUGGUUUCAAAUGAGUUUAGGCUACUUGGGUUUUCAGUCCAUGCCCAUUCACUGAAGUUGGGAUUACAACAUGACCGGUUUAUUGUUGCAUCAUUGAUUGAAUUUUAUUCCCUACAUCUCGAGAUGGACAGAGCACGUAUGUUGUUUGAUGAAAUUCCCGACAGGGAUGUGGUUUUGUUUACUACCAUGAUUGAUGGAUACGGGAAAAUAGGGGAGGUGGGAAAGGCCAGAUUGUUGUUUGAAGAUAUGACGGAGAGGAAUGUGAUUUCUUGGAGUGCAAUGAUGGCAGCAUAUUCACGGGCUAGUGAUUUUAAGGAGGUUCUAUGCUUGUAUCGGAGGAUGGAAGAAGAUGGUCUUAAGCCCAAUGAGUCUAUUCUUGUAAGUGUCCUCACGGCUUGUGCUCAUCUAGGUGCCUUAGCACAAGGCUUUUGGGUACAUUCAUUGGCUAAGCAUUAUAGUUAUGAGUCGAACCCAAUAUUGGCUACUGCAUUGGUUGACAUGUACUCUAAAUGUGGGAGAACAGAGUUGGCUUCAUCAGUCUUUGAAGAGAUGACUUAUAAGGAUACUGGAGCAUGGAAUGCCAUCAUAUCAGGCUUUGCAAUGAAUGGAGAUGCAAUGAAAUCAUUUCAAUUGUUCUAUAGGAUGUUAGCAAGUGGGAAUCAACCAAAUGAAACAACAUUUGUUGCUGUGCUCUCUGCUUGCACUCAUGCAAAUUUGGUUGAAAAAGGUCUUUCACUGUUUGAAAGAAUGAGCAGUGUUUAUGGGGUUGAACCCAGGUUUGAGCAUCGUGCAUGUGUGGUAGACCUGUUAGCAAGAGCUGGUAAGCUCGAGGAUGCUGAGAAGUUCAUUGUUGAGAACAUGGGAGGGAUAGAGAAAGGGGAUGCUAAUGUGUGGGGAGCUUUACUUGGUGCUUGUAGGGUCUACGGUGAUCUUAAAGUAGGUGAUAGAAUAUGGAGAAAGCUGUCUAACGUGAAGGUAGCUGACUAUGGUACUUACGUACUUGCAUACAACAUGUACAAGGAAGCUGGUUGGGAAAUGGAAGCCAACUGUGUUAGGAAAUUGAUCGAGCAAAUGAGGAUAAAGAAGCAGCCUGGAUGUAGCGUCGUAGAGGUGAAUGGUGUGGUUAAAGAAUUCCUCGCGAGUGAUCUUUUACAUCUUAAGUCACGAAUAGUCCACGACGUGCUUGAGCCCUUACCUAAUGUAAUGCAUCUUAUUGACUGAGCAUGAUGUCGUAUGGUCAGAUUAUGGACAAAAAGCUACUUGGUUCCCAAGAUUGCUCCAACUCCAUGAAUUAAGGGGUCGUUUGGUAGCUGAUUUGGAGGUGAGGUAUGCAUGUAUUAAAUUUUGUUACAAGUAAUUCUACAUUCGGUAGUUGGUUAGGAGGUGAAUUAGUCAUGUAUAAAAUUAAUACGGUGUUUGGUUUGAAAUUUUAGAAAGCCACAUGACUAAUACAUGUUUAAGUUGUAAGGGUAUCUAUGUGUUAUUUUAUGCGGGAUAAAAAGUAAAAUAACUAAACUCCGCAUGAAAUAUUAUAUAGAUUCAUUACUUAUACUUGCAUAAUUGUAACCAACUCUCAAAUGACACCUGUUCUGUCAUUUACUUUCUUACAACUUAUGCCCAUUAAUACCAACCUUGUACCAUUGUCUCUGUGAUGUGACUUGAGUGGUCCUAGUAUCCAAUAGAGAAAAAUCAAAAAUGGCUCAUUAUGUUUGGGAUAGGCUUAAAAUAAUCCCUUAAAUAUACUUCCUCAACAGUUUUGGUAGUUUUUAAGUUUGUCAUAAGUGAGCAUUGGCUGUUAGAUUUAAUUAGAAAUUGUUGAAAAGAAAGAAUUAACAGGAACUCACAUUAUUUUUCAGUUUCUGCUAGUUUUUUUUUUUACUAAUGUCUUUGGGUGGCUUGAAGAUCUGUCUACCUCCUAAAGUUGGAUUACGUACCCUUCCCAGACCCCACUUGUGAGAUUGCACCGAGUAUUUUGUCGUUGUUGUUUGCUGAGCGACUGGAAGACAAAGUCAACACAGAACACCAAGUUUGCAUAUUAGCCUCAUGUUUCAUUUGACUGAAACCUCUAUCCAGUCCUUGAUCCCAUAUGAUCAGUUUGUUUAUCUAGGACACUUGAAAUGGCUGAGGCUGCCAUAGUCAAAGCGAUAUCAAAAAUCUCAGAACAAGCAUUUUUCCUAUAUGGAGUGAAUGAAGAAGUAAGAGAACUUGUUACAGAGCUGGGACGUAUGCGAGCAUUCUUGAAAGACGUUGAUACAAGAAAACAGAAAGGAGAAAGAGUAAAAAAUUGUGCUGAUGAAAUUCGAGACCUUGCACAAGAUGCAGAGGGCGUAGUUGAGAAGUUUGCCGCUGAGGUAAUGAAGAGAUCAAAUGGGGAAGACACUGUUUAUUGUUUCUGUACAAUGUUAGCUAAUGUUGUGAAAGAGGUUAUUCCAAGGUACAAAAUAGGGUGGGAUAUAGGAAAGAUCAACAAGAGAGUUAAAAGCCUCAGAGAAAGUUUAACAACUUAUGGUAUAGUUUUGACUGAUACUAUAAAUGAAGGAGAAACAUCUUUACAGAGUGGAGAUAUUGGUGUUGGUAUAAAUGAAGGAGAAACAUCUAUUAUUAGAGAAGUGAAAUUAGAGAGUGGAGCUAUUGGUGUUGAGAGAUGGGGUGGUUCUGGAGGAAGUCAUUGGAAUUAUAGGCCUAAAGGUGUAGUUAAACAGAUAGUAGUAAGGCAUGGAUUGAUUAUAGAUUCUAUAAUGUUUAAGAGCAUUGAAGAAAAUGGUGUCAUGAAGUCUUCUAAAACAUUUGGUGGUUCUGGAGGCAAAUUGACUGAGAUCAAUAUAGACAGUCCUUCAGAGUAUUUGACAGGCUUAAGUGGGACAUAUGGACUCUAUGGUCCCUAUCUUAUAAUAAAAUCCAUUAAGGUUCACACUAACCUUAGCCAUCAUGGCCCUAUGGGUUCAGUAAUUGAGACUGAUACCAACUUCUCAUUUAUUAUGCAAGGUGGGGUUAUUGUUGGAUUCCAUGGAUUUUCAGGCUUAUUUCUUGAUGCCAUUGGUUUGUAUGUUAUGCCAACAAGCAUAAAUUUACCUUCUUAGUAGGCACACUAUCUCAUCAAUAUAUAUAUAUUUGAGCUAGCUUAUGUUGAUAAGCUUUUAAGUAUAUUGAUCAAUAUCAUCUUGUUUGUUAUUCGUUGUAUUGUAUCGUUUAGUUUAACUGUCAUGUUUAUAUUUUGUAUGGCGUAGUUUAAAUCCAUCGUUGAGUAAUGACGAAAAGUUUCAUAACCAUCAGUUUGGUGCGUGAUCGCGCUCGUUGUAUUGUAUUGUAUUGUUAGUUUAAAAUGUCAUGUUUA